AUGAUGCUGCAGCUGUUCUCCUUCCUGGAGCGCUACACCCAGUUGCAGCAGCUGCAGGAGAAGGCUGGCGAGUAUCGUUCGCGCCUGCACUGGGAGGAGAGCCGUUGGCGCCGGCAGAAGCGGGCUCUGAAGAGGGCCUGCCAGCAGCGGGUGACGGACAAGCUCGGCGUGAUCCAGAGCCUGGAAGCCAUCAUCCUGGAGCAGCAGGGCCUCCUGGAGAAGAUGCAAGCAGGUUCGAAGCUGCCCUCCAGUGGCCAACUCUGCCCCGUGGCCCCCGGGGGCCUGCACCAGCUGGUGGAGUCCCUCAGCGCCCUCCAGGGGGAGAGGAGCCGCCUGGCCGAGGAGGUGACGGGUCUCCAGCAGCGGGUCGAAGAACGAGAGAGGGAGAAGCAGCAGCUGGCCAGAACCUUCCACCACCAGCCCCCGGAGUCGCCCCUGGUGCAAAUGAUGCUGCAGCUGUUCUCCUUCCUGGAGCGCUACACCCAGUUGCAGCAGCUGCAGGAGAAGGCUGGCGAGUAUCGUUCGCGCCUGCACUGGGAGGAGAGCCGUUGGCGCCGGCAGAAGCGGGCUCUGAAGAGGGCCUGCCAGCAGCGGGUGACGGACAAGCUCGGCGUGAUCCAGAGCCUGGAAGCCAUCAUCCUGGAGCAGCAGGGCCUCCUGGAGAAGAUGCAAGCAGGUUCGAAGCUCCCCUCCAGUGGCCUGCUCUGCCCCGUGGCCCCCGGGGGCCUGCACCAGCUGGUGGAGUCCCUCAGCGCCCUCCAGGGGGAGAGGAGCCGCCUGGCCGAGGAGGUGAUGGGUCUCCAGCAGCGGGUCGAAGAACGAGAGAGGGAGAAGCAGCAGCUGGCCAGAAGCUUCCACCACCAGAUCCGAGGCCUGAAGCAGCAGAUCCAAACACAGGAGGAGGAACGGGAGCAGAUCCGUCUGGGCAUGGGUGUGACGGACUCGGAGAAGCGGAUCCACAACCUGACGAUGGAGAACGAAGGCCUGAAGCAGAGUCUGCAGCUCUCCCAGGGGCUCCUUCAGCAGGCGGCUGCCCUCUCUGCCCAGCCCUCCACUGGGAUGACCAUGGAGAACGAGGCUCUUCGCAGCCAGGUCCUGCAGCUGGAGGCCAGCCUGCAGCAGAAGGUGGAGGAGCUGAUGUACCUGGAGGAGCGCCUGGACCGGCUGCAGGGCCUCCGGGAGGGAGAGGUGCGUCAGCUGGAGAAGCAGCUGUGUGGGCUUCAGCUCCCCAGGGAGGGUCUAAAGAGCCCCCCUCCUGCGGUCCAGGGCCCGGCCAAGGGACUGCCGGCGGACCCCCCGCAGGAGCUGCAGGCUUUGGCCCAGGCGGAGGAGCAGAACCGGCUCCUGAUGCAGCAGCUGUCCUCCCAGGCCCAGCGGUGCCAACAGCUGGCAGAGCAGCUGCAGAGUUCGGAGGGGGCAGCCGCUGCCCUCCGGCACAAGAUCUCUGCCUACGAGAAGGAGGUCACGGGGCUGCGCCAGGAGCUGCUGCAGGAGAUCCAUCGGCUGGAGGAGCAGAAGGAGGAGGCGGUGCAGGAGGCUUGCCGGGGGUCCGAGGAGCGUGCCCGGCCCCUGUGCCAGCAGCUGGCAGGAAUGAAGCAGCAUCUGCACACCCUCCGCCCCUUCCUCCAGGGGCUGCGGUUGGAUUUCCGGAGCUUUCGGGGAGAAGUGGGGAGUUUUGCCCAGUGUUACAAAGCUGCCAUCGAGGAAGCCAAGGUGCAGAUGUUUUCGGUGAUCAGGGAAGUGGCGCAGAGCAGCCGCUGUCUGCAGGAGCGCUACCAGCGGGAGGUGCAGCUUCGCAAGAAAUACCACGACCAGCUGCUGGAGCUGAAAGGUAACAUCCGGGUCCUGUGUCGCCUGAAGCCGCUGACCGAGGAGGAGCAGCAGGAGGGCAGCCAGGGGGGUCCCGGAGUGGAGGCCAGCCCGGCCGAAGACGGCUGUGUGACCGCCUGCUACAAGGGGAAGGAGCACCGCUUCAGGCUGGACAAGAUCUUCCUGCCCUGCGCCACUCAAGAGGAGGUCUUCCUGGAGAUUGAGCCGGUGGUCUUGUCUUGCUUGCAAGGCUACAACGUUUGUAUCUUUGCCUAUGGGCAGACCGGCUCCGGCAAGACCUACACCAUGGAGGGGCACCCUGGGAAUCCGGGGAUCACCCAGAGGGCCCUGCAAGCUCUCUACCAGGAGAUGGAGGCCAAGCAGGCGGAGGCCUGGACGUUCUCAGCCCAGCUGACCCUGGUGGAGAUCUACAAUGAAGUGAUCAGAGACCUACUGACCAAGGACCCUCAGGAGAAGUUAGACAUCAAGUUGCAUCCGGAUGGGAGUGGUCAGCUACACGUCCCCGGCCUCACCAGCGUGGAGGUCCAAAACUUCUCCGAGAUUCAGAAGAUUCUCCAGCUGGGAAAACGGAACCGCACCACCUUCUCCACCCACAUGAACGCGCACAGCUCCCGCUCGCACGCUCUGCUCACGCUCACGCUCACUGGCACGGAGCUGAGCAGCGGCACCAAGGUGACAGGGAAGCUCAACCUGGUGGACCUGGCCGGCUCAGAACGGGUGUGGAAGUCCGGGGCGCAGGGGGAGCGCCUGAAGGAAGCCCAGAGCAUCAACCGGUCCCUGCUGGCCCUCGGCGAGGUCAUCCAGGCCCUGCGGAGCAAACAGGCCCACGUGCCCUUCCGCAACUCCAAGCUCACCUACCUGUUGCAGGACUCUCUGGGCAAAGGCAGCAAGACGGUCAUGAUGGUGCAGAUUUCCCCCCUGGAGAGGAACGUGGGCGAAUCCAUCUGCUCCCUCAAGUUUGCCCAGCGGGUCUGCAAAGUGGAACUGGGCCCGGCCUCCCGUCGCAUCAAGGCCCCGGACCAGCGUGAGGUCUGA